UGUCUGUAAGGAAGAGACCUGAAGAGACGUGGUACAAUUCACGUCAUAAUCUUCGCUGCUAGAACGUUUGCCCAACGAAUGUACAUUUCGGACCUGUGUCUGAUGCUAUGCUCAUGGCAGAUUUUCUGUCGCUCCACGCAACUUGGGGCUAGAGUCGAGGUGGCGAUGGCCAGCGCCCAUUCAUCAUAUCGUCAUGUCCGUCCCGCCACCGGCUACAAACCCCUCUCAACGUCCUACGUAGUACAUCACCUCAUCGCCUCACUCACCUAAACUCCCAUCAGCUCACGAAAACUACAACAACCACUCGGCACAGCACACUAUCCAGACGUGUAGAUUUGCCAUCAUGAGCACAUUCAAUGCCUCCAACCCUCCCACCACGGACCCGCAGUCCUCCACGCAAACUGCCUCCCACGCGAUCCCCUCGCACCCCGCACCCGUCGACGCGGCAGCCACAUCGUCUGGCGUAGCCGCCGACAGCACCACCCCUGCGGAGACCGAGACCAAGCACGCGUCCACUGGCCUCACGGGCAGCGAUCACCCCGCAGGCGGCGACGAGAGCAAGGCUACGCGGGAGGCCAUGGAGCGGACAAACUCCUGGAAGCCGAGCUUGGACCGCAAGCAGAGCUGGAAGAAGGAAGACCAGAAACGGGCAUUGCAGAUGACGGGUAUGCAAGAUGCGGACAAAUAGGGUGUCAUUGAGUUCAAGCAACUUGUCACAUAGUGAAUGGAAAAAACAGAUUCAAAGUGAGAAUGGUCAUUGGUAUCCGAUAUGCAAGCAAGCCCCUAACACCGAUGCCUCCCAAAAGAAAUGAAAAUAGCAAAGAGUUGUGCAGUCGGCCGUAGCAAUGAAACGAUCUCUGAUCCCUCCCCAGUGAAUGGCAAACCUUGUUCAAUGG